GCUGCUGGCCGCCGGUUCGCGCCACGCGCAGCCCGCCCGCUGGCCCGCAAUCGUCUGCCCCGGGGAACAAGGGGGUCCCCGCGCUCUCGCGAGAAGUGCGCCGCUGCAGGACCUGGGGUGCCCAAGACGCGCGGGCCCUCGGGGGCCGAAGAUGGGGCGGUGCGCGGGGAGGCUCCCGCUGCUGCUGCUGGCGCUCGUCCUCCGCCCCUGGACUCCCUGCCUGGGUGCUGGCUCGGAGAAGCCCUCUAGCAUCCCCACAGAUAAAUUAUUAGUCAUAACUGUAGCAACAAAAGAAAGUGAUGGAUUCCAUCGAUUUAUGAAGUCUGCCGAAUACUUCAAUUAUACUGUGAAGGUCCUUGGUCAAGGAGAAGAGUGGAGAGGUGGUGAUGGAAUCAAUAGUAUUGGAGGGGGCCAAAAAGUGAGAUUAAUGAAAGAAGUCAUGGAACAUUACGCCAAUCAAGAGGAUCUGGUUGUACUGUUCACUGAAUGCUUUGAUGUCAUAUUUGCUGGUGGCCCAGAAGAAGUUCUAAAAAAAUUUCUAAAGACAAACCACAAAGUGGUCUUUGCAGCCGAUGGAAUUCUGUGGCCAGAUAAGAGACUAGCAGACAAGUACCCUGUUGUACACAUUGGGAAACGCUACCUGAAUUCAGGAGGGUUUAUUGGCUAUGCUCCAUAUAUCAACCGUAUAGUUCAACAGUGGGAUCUCCAGGACAAUGACGACGAUCAGCUCUUUUACACUAAAAUUUAUAUUGAUCCGCUGAAGAGAGAAGCUCUUAACAUCACGUUGGAUCACAAAUGCAAAAUUUUCCAGGCCUUAAAUGGAGCUGUAGAUGAAGUUGUUUUGAAAUUUGAAAAUGGCAAAGCCAGAGCUAAGAAUGUUUUUUAUGAAACAUUACCAGUGGCAAUUAAUGGAAAUGGACCCACCAAGAUUGUGCUGAAUUAUUUUGGGAACUACGUACCUAACUCAUGGACACAGGACAGCGGCUGCACCCUUUGUGAUUUGAAUGUCAUUGACUUGUCUCAAGUCGAUGUCUAUCCAAAUGUAACAAUAGGCAUUUUUAUUGAGCAACCUACUCCUUUCCUACCUCGAUUUCUGGACACAUUGUUGACACUGGAUUACCCAAAAGAUGCUCUUAAACUCUUUGUUCAUAACAGAGAAGUUUAUCAUGAAAAGGACAUCAAGGCAUUUUUUGAUAAAGCUAAACAUGAAAUCAGUUCUAUAAAAAUAGUAGGACCGGAAGAAGAUCUAAGUCAAGCUGAAGCCAGAAACAUGGGAAUGGAUCUUUGCCGUCAGGAUGAAAAGUGCAAUUAUUACUUCAGUGUGGAUGCAGAUGUUGUUUUGACAAAUCCAAGGACUUUAAAACUUUUGAUUGAACAAAACAGGAAGAUCAUUGCCCCCCUGGUAACUCGUCAUGGAAAGCUGUGGUCCAAUUUCUGGGGAGCAUUGAGUCCCGAUGGAUACUAUGCUCGAUCUGAAGACUAUGUAGACAUUGUUCAAGGGAACAGAGUAGGGGUGUGGAAUGUCCCAUAUAUGGCCAACGUGUACUUAAUUAAAGGAGAUACACUCCGAUCAGAGAUGAAUGAAAGGAACUAUUUUGUUCGUGAUAAAUUGGAUCCGGACAUGGCUCUUUGCCGAAACGCUAGAGAAAUGACUUUACAAAGGGAAAAAGACUCCCCUACUCCGGAAACAUUCCAAAUGCUCAGCCCCCCAAAGGGUGUGUUUAUGUACAUUUCUAAUAGACAUGAAUUUGGAAGGCUGUUAUCAACUGCUAAUUACAAUACUUCGCAUUAUAACAAUGACCUCUGGCAGAUCUUUGAAAAUCCCGUGGACUGGAAGGAAAAGUAUAUAAACCGUGAUUAUUCAAAGAUUUUCACUGAAAAUUUGGUUGAGCAGCCUUGUCCAGAUGUCUUUUGGUUCCCCAUCUUUUCUGAAAAGGCCUGUGACGAAUUGGUGGAAGAAAUGGAGCACUAUGGCCAGUGGUCCGGGGGGAAACAUCAUGAUAGCCGUAUAUCUGGCGGUUAUGAAAAUGUCCCAACUGAUGACAUCCACAUGAAGCAAAUUGAUCUGGAGAAUGUGUGGCUCCAUUUUAUCCGGGAGUUUAUUGCACCUGUUACACUGAAGGUCUUUGCAGGCUAUUAUACAAAGGGAUUUGCACUAUUGAAUUUUGUAGUAAAAUAUUCACCUGACAGACAACGUUCUCUCCGCCCUCAUCAUGACGCUUCUACAUUUACCAUCAACAUUGCACUCAAUAACGUGGGGCAAGAUUUUCAGGGCGGUGGAUGCAAAUUUCUAAGAUACAAUUGCUCCAUUGAGUCACCACGAAAAGGCUGGAGUUUCAUGCAUCCAGGGAGACUCACGCAUCUGCACGAAGGGCUUCCUGUUAAAAAUGGAACGCGGUACAUUGCAGUGUCGUUUAUCGAUCCCUAAGUUAUUUACUUUUCAUUGAAUUGGAUUUUCCUUUUGGAACAGAGGACGAGCAUGAUCAUGCCUUUGAAGUUGUGCUUGAGAAGAUGAGAGGAAUAUUUAAAUAACUUCACAGAACAACUUCACUUCGGGCCAAGUGUUUGAAAAACUUUUUAUAUAAAAAAAAAGUUCGAUGUUUCUUAAUGUCUGCUCUGAGCCUUAAAACACAGAUGGAAGAAGGAAUGAAAGAAAAAAAAAGUAAAAGCAAAUAUUUAUUUCUAUGCUGUCUUGUCUCUGAGAAUAAUGACAAUUUUUUGAAUUUGUGUUUCGGUUCAUAAAUUAUUCAGGUACAAAUGUACAAGUGACAAAUGGGACUAAUAAUGUUUUCUUAUUUAAGAAAAGCCUGGGAGAAUUUUAUUUAUCAUCAUGUGGCGGGCAUGUGGACAAAAUAGACAUGAAUGAAAAUUAGCAGUUCUUGAAAUCAUGAAAAUCCAGGACGUUAACUGAA